GCUAUGACCGCCAAGUCCGAAUCCGAUCCCAGAACCGCUCUCCGUUGCUGACUUGAAGGCUACUCAGGACAAGCUGCAGUACAAGACUCAGGAGGCUGUUGAUGCUCAGAUUGCGUAGGUCAAACUCUCAAUGUGUGCUUGACCAGAUCACUUGAUGUUCAUCUCAGAUUUUCAUUCUGACUUCAUACCCUCUAUAUUGCUCAACCUUCUGGUCAAUAGCAAGCUGGAGAAGCAGGUCGACUCUGGAUCGAUUAAACUGGUCGAGGAAAAGCGCAUCUUGACUGAGAUCUCUUCACUCAAGAAGGCCAAGAAGACCGUUGACGCUAUCCAGGCCCAGCAGGCUGCCAUCGAUGCCGACAGGGCCGCCAUUGCUGCUCUCAAGGAGACCAUUGAUGAUCAGACUGCCAAGGCUCUGAGUGCUGAAUACAACCAGAUCCAGGCUGAGUUGGACGAGAUCACCAAGUCCAAGGAUGAAGUCUGGAAGAAGCGUAACGACCUGUUCGAUGAGCGCGCCCGUCUCCAAAAGGAGCUCGAUGCUGAGUACCAGCGCAAGAAGGCCAUCAACGACGAGUACUUCGAGGCCCUUCGUGAGCACCAAAAGUUCCAGCAGGAGGAGCAGGCUCGCAAGCGCGAGGAAUACCAGACAAAGAAGCAGCAAGAGUUGGAGGAGAAGCGCCUCGCCAUUGCCAAGGAGGAGCGAGAGCUCGCCGAGAUUCCUGCCUACGCCAACGAGAUCGUCACCUGCGAGAGUGUUUACAAGUAUUUGCUCCAGUUCAGCAAGAACGAGAAACACAUUGCAGAGACUGCCACCACCGCUGCCACUGACAGCCCCAACCCCAACAUUCGCCAGGCUGACACUACCACCAAUGUCCCCAGCGGCAUGAUGCUGACUAAGAAGGCUGACAAGGAGGAGGAGGUGUUCUUUGUUGGAAAGUCCAAGAAGAGCAAGGGACCCAAGGAGAAGAAGGUCGAGGUCAGCUCUUUCAAGCUGCCUCUCGCUCUUCUCGAGCAGCUGCUCGAACUUAAGGUCCCUGUCCCUACUUCGUCUGCUGAUCUCGGUAAGACUUUGGAGGCAUUGGUCGAGAAGAAGGAGUACUACAAGUCGAACCAGGAGAAGGCCACUGCCGAGAACAAGCGUAAGGCCGAGGAGCGCAUCGCCAAGUUGACCCUGUCCGAAACCACCGAGUCGACUGAGGCCACUCCCGAGAAGGCUGCCGAGGUUGAGGCCACUGCCUAAUCCUUAUACCGACCAGUUUUGAUCCGACAUAGAGUAUGAGAACCCAAACCCCCCGCGCCUGCACAACUUGAUUUCUGGAAGGAUCUCUAGUUGUUGAUCUGUAAAACGAAGAUAUCCAGAUUUACCGUGUUCAUCCUCUUAAAUAAAACGCAUACAGAAACUUAUUAUCAAAC